AUGGAAAAUAUGGUUCUUAAUUUUAAUUAUCUUCGAGGAGAAAAAAUCAAAGUUAUGGCUCAUCCACCAUAUUCACCUGACCUUGCACCUUCAGAUUUUUGGUUGUUCAAUUAUCUGAAACGUGGUCUUGAUACAUACCCAGAUGUAACAAGCACAAGUUCAUCAUAUAUCGUAAGCCUUCCCUUCGUUACUAAUACAUGGAAUUGCAUCAAUGCUAGUUCAGUCAACAUUCCUAACAACAACACGGCAUUAUAUUUAAAAAAAAAUAUAACGAACAGUGCUUCGAAUAUGGGUAAUAUUACAGUUUAUCUCGAGUCGAAUGUUGACUUAACAAUCAGCAAUGCUCAAAAUAUUCUGAUCUUCGUUCAAUCAGGUGGAAUCGUUCAAAUUUCAAAUUGUCAAGAUAUGUUAGUGUAUCUCGAAUCAACAGCAAAGUUAACGCUUAGUAAUGGUGGAAAUAUCAUAGCAUAUAUGAAGUCAAAUGCUACGUUUACAGCUGAUAAUAUUAAAAAUGUUACUAUCUAUUAUGAAAACGGCGCUACUGGAAGUAUUACACACAGUACCAACGAAACAGCCAUUCUAUGUCCUUCAAUAACAUUUAGUUAUCCAAAUACUUCAUCUAUUCACUGUUAA